GAGAGAUGGGGGGCGGGUGGAGAGAGGCACCUGAGCAGGUGGGGGGGGGGGCGCCUUCCCCCGCAGCCGCCUUCAGUGGAUACCUGGAAGGUAUUUUUAUAAUGGAAAAAGGCGAGAUUUUCUCCUCAUCCCUGGACUCCAGGAGCUGGGACUUGAAGAGAAAACACCAACCACCACCAGCAGUUGGCGUGAGGCGACCUGCCCGGGGGCAAUAUUUUGAGAACCCUGGAGUGGGGAGGGAAGGCUAGAGCUUUAGGACGUGGUCUAAAGAGCCCGAGCCCUACUGGCAUAGACUGGAGGGAUGUGGCCGCUCGGCCACACCUGAGUUUUAAAGAGUUAAACAGCCUUGGGAUCUACACCUUCCCCACUGAAAUCCCCGUAAAUCAUUGUGGCUUCACAAUCCUCUUUCCCUCUGUUUCCCUCUCCUCUGCUGCAAAGUGAAAGAUGCCACCCGCAACAUCAAAGAAAAUGACAAUAAGCGUAAAUGCUGCAAUGACUCUUAGAACUGCCAAAAGAAUUAUAAAACAUUCCUUUGUCUUUGGUACAUUUAAAAAAAAAUAUUGGUACCAGCUCAAUCCCUGGUUGAAAAACAGGGUGAUGGUGGUGAGGAUAUAUGUUCAUAAACAUUUUGCCCUGUUUUUCAAAUUUUGCCAUUUUAACCAUUUCAGCAAGCUCUACUGACAGUGUUCUCAAAUGCACAAAAUAAAAUUGAAAAAAAAAAAUUAUUCUCUUUCUUUUAUAGUAAUCUUAGGGGGUACCUGUAAUUACAGGAGAUUAAGUAUUUUCAGACAGAUUUUGUUUUUUAAAAUUGUGAGUAGCCUUUUCAAUUUUAAACUGAGAUUUUAUAAUUUGACCCAGACUGUUGAGUAAUAUUUCAGGCCCCCAGAGCGGUCUGUAAAACCUCAGAACUUUCAACUACAGAUACCACAGGCACAGGACUUACCUAUGAAAAUUAUUAUGCUGAAGAGAAUUAAAGGAAAACAGAGAGUCCUAGCAGGGCCUGAUCCUGAAAAUAUUGUAGCUUUACUCAAGUGAGUAGUCCCAUUUGCGUGGGACUGUCAAACUUACACAUGUUUAAGUGUUCGCAGGAUUGGAGCCAUAGGUCCUGAACUACUGAUCCCUACAAUUAUCUGCCCUUACUGAAAAUGAAGGCUGAAUCCAUUAUUUGAGUUUAAAUAAAAUUGAAAUUAUUUUUUAUUUCAGAUGUGUGGGGGGGGUGGGGAACAGGAGAGCACAUGGGUCUGCUAAGAAAAAGAUCUCAGGCUUUUCAAUUCUCCAUCAUAGGCAGGUUUCCCAUUGAUGACAUACAGCGUACAAAAUGGAUCCAUGCUGUUAAUCGAGCAGACCCCAAAAGCAAAAAGGUUUGGAUUCCAGGACCUGGUGCCAUACUGUGUUCCAGACAUUUUGCAGAAGCAGACUUUGAAUCAUAUGGUAUGAGAAGAAAACUAAGGAAAGGAGCUGUACCUUCUGUUUUUCUAUACAAGGAUCCUCUGAGUACAUAUCUUAGAAAUAGAAGAUCCCAGAAAGCAUUAAAGCAGCCACUCUCACAUAAUUCUCCUGAUGAGGAGGUCAUUACUGCAGAUCACAACUAUAGCUUAAAGAAUCCUGCAACGGCUGCUGAGCAACAGACAGAAAUGAAAGAAAUAAUACAGUUGCCUCAAAAGAAACUUGUUGCAGCACGAAGGUGUCUCUCAUACCGAGAACGAAAUGUCUUUAGUGUAAUCAAUGAGCUUGCAAAGAAGAAGCUGCUCUCUGAAGAAGCUAUGAGCCUGCUGCAGGCCCAGUUUUCAGAUUUGCAGUGGGAGCCAUACAGCUGGAGACAGAUGACUGAGUACUCCACAGAAAUGAGGCAGUUUGCCUGUACUCUCCACCUCUAUAGUAGUAAAGCCUAUGAUUAUGUAAGAAAGAAUUGUCCCCUGCCUCAUCCUUCCAGCCUGACAAACUGGUUGUCUAAUGAUGAAGGUAGUCCAGGCUUCAGCAACAGUAUUUUCUUUCACCUUCAGCAGAGAGUAGAGCAAGGAGAACAGGCAUACCAGUAUUGCUCACUGAUGAUCGAGGGUAUGGCUCUCAAGAAACAGCUGGAGUGGGACCCUGUGACUCGACGUCUGGUUGGGUUUGUAGACCUAGGUGCAGGAGCACUUGAUGCUGAUGAAGCACCACUGGCCUCAGAAGCUAUAGUCCUAAUGGCAGUAGGUGUUCUUGGUCACUGGAGAGCUCCCCUGGGUUAUUUCUUUGUAAAUGGAACCACUGGCCAUUUACUAGCUCAACUGCUUUAUCAGACCAUCAGCAAGCUGACUAACAUAGGUAUCAGAGUUCUCUCUGUGACAUCUGCAGCCACUGCUCACGGUGUUGAGUUGGCAAAGGCGUUGGGCAUCUGUAUUGAUGCCAACAACAUGCAGUGCACUUUUCAGCAUCCUCACAGUGCCACUCAUCAGAUCACAUAUUUCUUUGAUGCUUGCCAAAUGCUCCAGUUAAUAAGGAACGUGUUUCAGUGCUUUCACAGGAUACAGUCCAUUAAUGAAACAGCACACUGGCAGCACAUAGUGGACCUAGUGACUCUGCAGGAGAAGGAAUUACUGCAUAUUAGUGACAGAUUGUCAGGAAGACCCAGAAAUAGUGAAAGCUGUCACUUGAGGGUGAACUACGCAGCACAGCUGUUCAGUGAGAGUGUUGCUGGCACGCUGGAAUGUCUCCAGUUGUUGGGCCUGCCUUCUUUUCAGAACUGCGGUGGGACCAUCAAAUUUGUGCGCUUGAUGAGCUAUCUGUUUGACAUUUUUCACGGAAGAAACUGUUACGGAACGGGAUUGAAAGGGCCUGUGUCCUCUGAAAAUUAUGCCAAGAUACAUCGCCUCUUAACGGAGGCUAAAAGUGUCUUUGUUGCAUUAACUGACACUUCGGGGAGACACUUCCUGAAAGGUAAACAUAAAUUAGGAUUUUUAGGUUUUUUGCUUAAUGCUGAGAGCUUAAAAUGGCUUUACACAAACUAUGUAUUUCCAAAGAGCAUGCCCUUCCGCUACCUCCUGACUUACACAUUCAGCCUAGAUCAUCUGGAAUUAUUCCUCAGCACCCUCAGACAAGCAUUUGCUAGCUGCGAUAACCCUACCUGCAUGAUGUUCCAGACUGCUUAUUCUAAACUGCUGACCAAGUAUAAUUUGACACCAGGAUUACAUCAGAAUCUUCUUUUAGGUGACAUGAACACCUUAGAUGUAUCUAUUGUUCGUAGGACAGAUUUGGCCCUUGAUACUAUUCAUUCUCAGUACAAUCGGGGUUGUGUGGCGAUUCCAACAAAGGACUACAUUUACUGUACAAGCCAUAUUUCAUUUAACUCUACACUGAGUUAUGCAUUGACAGAUCUGUCACUAUAUGCAGAAAGCAUCACCUAUACUGCUGCCUGUGUUGCUGAGAAAUUAGCAGCUGCCAUAAGAUGUGAAGUCUGUGUCACUUCUCUCUUCGUGUCAGAUGACAAAAUCCUAAAAUGUGGUUCACUGUUGUGCAUUAAAAAGAUCGGGAGCUGGAGUUUGCCAUCAGAGAGCGUGCAUCAGAUUGUAAGUAUUUCUGAGCAAGUCCUAAAAACGCAUGCAAGAGUGAAAGGCUAUAACCUAAACCGCAAGCGACAGGAUAUGUAUUUAGAACAGAAAAUUUUAUAUGAGUUAUCUGAACAGAGUCACCUUUUCUCGGAGUUAAAUAAUCACCUAUUUGAUGGGGAGUUGUGUGUCACCAAUCACUACACAAUGCUGUUAAGGAAUAUAGUGCAAUGUUAUUUAAAUGUCAGAGCUGAACAUGCAAAAAAAUGGGGUUUGGAAUACUGCUCUGGAAGGCAUGGAUCGAAGAAGUUGACUAGGAAACAUCCAUUUUCAUCAUCAUUAAAGACUUAUAAAUCUAUCCAAAUCUUACCUGUGCCAUAAUUUCUUACUAAUUUGUUAAAUGAUGGAUGUUCCCUUGAGUAAUGUUUAGAUAAGGUCUGAUCUAGGCAACACAGGUGUCGGAGAACUGAGAUGGUUGUUUCACUUGACCUCUUGGCAAUACUGUGUCCAGCAGUGGCUAGUAAAGGAGAGUCCUAGGAGGAUUAACUGUACUAGGUUCCAGUCAUGCCUGGGGUUAGAAGUGGAAAAUGAGUUUCUCACCCUAAAUUCUCAUUUAUGCAGAUUGCACAACCACAACCUAUUUUAGAACAACAAUGUCUAUGGAAGGACUAGAUUAUGGAAGCUAAUGGAAAUCCACAUUGAGGUUCAUUAGCAGUUAUGUGGGGAAGCUUGCUGAAUACCUGCCUAUGCUAUGCCUGGUUCUGGGUAGGGCAGUUGGCCCCUGACUAUGAUGAAUACCAAGUUUACUCAUACAUGUUUCGAAAAGGGGCUGGUGGGAAAGAACUGAUGGAGUACUAUAGCAGCAGAUAACUCCUUAGAGCUGCAGAAAAAAUACUAAGAAGCAAAACAGCUUACACAAAGCUAUUAAAAAAAAUAAAAUAAAGAUUUGUACUAGAAACAUGUUUUACUUGUACUUACUGAUUACGUAAUCACUCUGCCUUUCGCCCUUUAAUUCCACUAAGAGCUUAUUAGAAAAAUAAAGGAUUCCAAACUGCUUCCUUUAAAUGCUUAAAUCUGAACACGAAUUAGGAUAACAUGAAGCGAAGAAAAGACCUUGAUUUUGGCUACCCCAAUGGGAAAAAAGUCAGUCAGGUAAGAAAUAAAACUGAUGGAAUAGGAUCAGAUGCAGGGGAUCUGUCACAGAAUGGAAUGGAUAGAAAAAAAAAGACUUGUUUCUCGAUACAGGAUUCUACAAAAUACUAUAUACAGGGUGGGGCCAGAUAAUUAAUCCUUGAAAAUAUUUAGGAAGUAAUAUCUGCAGAUGUGCUUGCCAGUGUAGGAGGUAUCCUGCCUUGGGGAGCUUGAAAUCUAAAGACAGAAUAACUCAGGACCCAGUAGGAGACCUAGUGCACAGUGUUGGCGAGAAACUUUUGGUUUGCUUGUUUCCUCCUCUUAAUAAAAUGUGGGGAAGAUAGUACAGGUAUUUGACUGACAAGGAUUAGUGUGUGCAGAGCUCAUCGGAGAAGUGAAGGAUUUGGGUGAAGACCCGACCUAUUGUAGUUGACCAUGCAGAAGAGAGGGAGAAAGAAAUGAAAGUGGGGGCAAGGCUAAUAUUGGUGGGUAAAGCAUGUGAGGAAGAGCAUAAGGAGAUCCAAGCUGUACCAUCAGCUGACUAUACAAGGCCUCAAGGGCAAGGAAGAGAUGUUAACAUUUGAUUAGGUGGAAAAGUCCAUUUGAAAGAAGUUGUACACAGCAACCCUGGGACUUGGGGGAAACAGAAGACUCGGGAUUUGACAUAACUUCAACGUGUGGUGUAAUAGCCUCCUGCUGCGAA